AUGGUUCAAAUAGUCGAUGAUUUUGGGAUUUACUGCAUUCACGAUGCUGCUGCCAGCACGCUGCGCUGGUGUGACAGCCACGCCGUGAGCACCAGUUUAAAGGUGAUCCAGCCGCCAGCGGCACUGCUGCGCUCCCGUGGGCUCUGGUGCAGCGCUGAGAGGGGGGGGUCCCACCGCUGCCCCCGCCACAGGGGUCAGCCCGCUCCCCCCGGAUUCGCUCCUCCCGGGCUUUGUGCCGCUUCUCCCCGGCGUCGGGAGAGGGCGCUGGUGCCCCGCGCUGGGCGGGGCGGGCCCGGGGGCGGCGGGGCCCGGGGGGUCCAAGGGCAGCGACCACCGGCGGCUCCGGGCCCGCCGCCCGUGUCCCGGCACCGCUGGCUGCACCCCGGCACCCGCCACAGCCAGGCCUCUGGCACUCGCCCGCGAAUCCGCCUGCUUCGUUUGAUCCGUGCUGGGCCAGGCUCUGGCUCUAAGAAAAAUAAGGACUUUUUAAAGCCACUUUUGUGUAUCAGCGCUGAGCUACCGAGACUAGCACCCACCUCUUGCCCAUCUGACAACGGGCUACAAGGGAAUUCAAAUGCUAAUUUGGAGCCAGACUUCUCAAUGGGCCUUUAUUUCUGCAGCAGCACCAGGAUCAGAGCUUUCGGGAGCCAGCCGGCAGGGGCUGCGAGGAUGCAGUCUCAGAGCAGGACUGUGGGACACUUCCCUUUCACCUCACCGUUCCUUACCGUCAUUUUGUUACCCCUUGUCUUAGUUUUACUUAUUUACAUGCAAAUGACUUCAAGGGCAAGGAAAAAUAAAGGCGGGCACAUGGACUUGUGUGAGUGAUACUCCCCCGCUAGUGACCCAUUUUAUGUGCUGAGUCUGCAGAGGCCUCACUGUCGCUGUCGUUGUCACAGCAUUUUGGGGGUUGUCUGCUUUGCAGUACGGUCGUUUUGAGCUACCUGUCCAUCAAAAGUAGGAAGAACAUUAUGGGGAGUGAGAUCCAGACCCCUCUUGAUCCAAGCAAACGCAUGGACACACAGAUCUGCUGGGCAUGUAACAGAGCAAGGUCAGGGGAAGGAGUGCUUUGCUAGGGGGAAUUGGAGAGUGUGGGUGCAAGAGCUCAACCAUCACUAGAGAGGCUGAAAUGGACUGGGGUGAAAAGCAUGACUGGCUGACCAGUGUCAUACCUGCAUGGUGCUUGGCUUAAAUAUCAUCCCCUCAAACAUCAUCCCCUCACCAUCACGGAGGAGAUGCAGCAGUGGAUGCAGGCAUAGGGUGAUUCAAACAGGCCAGUGAGAGCAGGC